AACACUUCAAAAACCUUGAAGGUAACAUAAGUUCUUCUAAGAAGCAUAAUUGAGAGAGAAGGGCUUUUUGUCAAUGAUGGCCACUCCAAUAGAUUCCUCCAUCUCCAUUAGCUUCCUCUUCUCUGCUUUUCUUUUCCUUCUUCUCUGUUCCUUAAACAAGGGUUAUGCUUCAAGCGAUGAAAGUACUUUAAAAAAUCACUUUCAUACGAUUCAAAUCAGUUCUCUUUUACCAGCUUCCGUUUGCAGUCCUUCUACCAAAGAUCACAGCAAAGGGGCCUCAUUGAAAGUUGUUCACAAGCACGGUCCAUGCUCUCACCUUAGUAAAGAGAAAGCCAAUGCUGCAACAGUGACUCAGAUCCUCACCCGUGACGAAUCCCGAGUCAACUCAAUCCAGUCUCGACUUAGCUUUAACUUAGUCCAAAAAAACACUCUAAAGAACUCUAAGGCCAGCAUCCCAGCAAAGUCCGGCAGCUCAAUUGGCAGCGGCAAUUACAUCGUCACUAUCGGACUUGGAACCCCCAAAAAGGACCUCUCCCUCAUUUUUGACACCGGUAGCGAUUUCACCUGGACUCAAUGCGAGCCAUGCGCCAGGUACUGCUACAGCCAACAAGAUCCAACCUUCGACCCUUCACUAUCAAAAACAUACAAGAACAUCACCUGUAACUCCGCACAGUGCUCAGCACUCGGCUCCGCCACCAGUGCGUCGCCCGGUUGUGCAACCACCACCUGUGUUUACGGCAUCCAGUACGGCGAUUCCUCCUACUCCGUCGGUUUCUUCGGAUCCGAAACUCUCACACUAACACCCUCCGAUAUUUUCCCCAAUUUCCUCUUCGGCUGCGGCCAGAACAACCGCGGCCUCUUCGGCGCCUCUGCCGGACUCAUCGGACUCGGCCGGGAUUCAUUAUCAAUCGUCUCUCAAACCGCUUCCAAAUACGGCAAAUUCUUCUCCUACUGCCUUCCAUCACGGUCGAGCUCCGAUGGAUACCUAGCGUUCGGAAAAGAAGGAACCUCCGGUGCUCUGAAAUUCACGCCAUUGUUGUCCAAUUCGCAAAAUCCUUCGUUCUACUUCAUCGACAUAACCGGAAUCAAAGUCGGUGGAACGACAUUAUCGAUCUCGCAAUCGGUGUUCAAGACCGCCGGAGCUAUAAUCGAUUCCGGCACCGUCAUCACUCGCCUUCCUCCGGCGGCGUACACGCCUCUCCGGACGGCUUUCCGGCAACAGAUGAAGCAAUAUCCGAUGGCUCAAGCUCUGUCGAUUCUCGAUACUUGCUACGAUCUGAGCAAGUACAGUACGGUGUCGAUUCCGAAGAUCAGCUUCUUGUUCGGCGGCAACGUCGAGGUUCCUCUCGCCGCGAAUGGGAUACUUUACGCCGGAAGUGCGUCGCAGGUCUGCUUGGCGUUCGCCGGAAACAGCGCCGCCUCCGAUGUGGGCAUUUUCGGGAAUGUACAGCAGCAGACUUUGAAUGUGGUGUAUGAUGUUGCAGGAGGGAAGCUAGGGUUUGCCUCUGCAGGGUGUUCUUAAUCUGACCUAAUAAACCAAAAAAUAAAAAACAAAGUGAAAAAAAAUAUUUGAAAAAAUAUUUACAAUUUAAAUUGAUGGUGAAGAUUGUUAAUAAAUCGUACCCAUACAUUUUAAAUUUUAAAUAUUUUUUUGAUAAUUUUUUUUUUUUAAAAUGCAAAACAUUACUAAAUUGAAUAUAGGGUUGAAAGGGCCUUUUAUAUGGACUGACAAAAAGCAGUCAAAUGUGUAUGUGUGGUAGCAAAAUAAGGUUUGCUGGGCAAUAUAUGUAGUAAUGUAAUUGCUUGUUUAUAAUUUUGAUAAUGGAUGGUUUUUAAUUAAAAACAAGAAAAUAAA